AUGCCAGGAGGCGAUUUCAAUAAGAAGAAAGAUGAUAAGAAGAAGGAAAAGCCCAAGUAUGAGCCUCCAGUGGAGUCUAAGUUUGGAAAAAAGAGAAGAAAGGGGCCAGAUACUGCAGUGAAAUUGCCAAGUGUUUAUCCUAGUACUAGAUGUAAAUUGAAAUUAUUGAAAUUGGAAAGAAUCAAGGAUCACUUAUUAUUGGAAGAGGAAUUCGUGACUAACCAAGAAGCUUUCCAACCAACAGAAGCAAAACAGGCUGAAGAAAGAGAAAAAGUCGAUGAAUUAAGAGGAUACCCAAUGUCGAUUGGUACGUUGGAAGAAAUUAUCGAUGAUGAUCAUGCAAUUGUUUCGAGUACUGCGGGUUCUGAAUACUACGUGUCUAUAAUGUCUUUUGUUGACAAAGGUUUAUUGGAACCAAGUUGCUCUGUGUUAUUGCAUCAUAAAACCGUGUCGAUUGUAGGUGUAUUGCAGGACGAUGCUGACCCAAUGGUGUCAGUGAUGAAAUUAGAUAAAUCUCCAACCGAAUCAUACGCCGAUAUUGGUGGAUUAGAGUCACAAAUUCAAGAAAUUAAAGAAGCGGUUGAGUUACCAUUAACUCAUCCAGAAUUAUACGAAGAAAUGGGUAUCAAGCCACCAAAAGGUGUGAUAUUGUAUGGUGCACCAGGUACAGGUAAGACAUUAUUAGCUAAAGCGGUAGCAAACCAAACAAGUGCCACAUUCUUAAGAAUAGUUGGGUCCGAGUUGAUUCAAAAGUACUUAGGUGAUGGUCCAAGAUUGUGUAGACAAAUUUUCCAGAUAGCCGGAGAGCUUGCUCCUUCGAUUGUCUUUAUUGAUGAAAUAGAUGCUAUUGGUAGUAAAAGAUAUGAAUCUUCAUCGGGUGGUGAAAGAGAAGUCCAAAGAACUAUGUUGGAAUUGUUAAAUCAAUUGGAUGGUUUCGAUGAUAGAGGUGAUAUUAAGGUUAUCAUGGCAACGAAUAAAAUUGAAUCAUUAGAUCCUGCAUUAAUUAGACCUGGUAGAAUCGAUCGUAAGAUUUUGUUUGAAAACCCUGAUUCAAAUACUAAAAAGAGAAUUCUUCAUAUUCAUACAUCCAAAAUGAGUUUAGCAGAUGACGUAAAACUUGAUGAAUUAGUAACAUCUAAAGAUGAAUUAUCUGGAGCUGAUAUCAAAGCUAUGUGUACAGAGGCUGGUUUAUUAGCGUUAAGAGAAAGAAGAAUGCAAGUUAAAGCCGAGGAUUUCAAGGCUGCUAAAGAAAGAGUUCUUAAAAACAAGGUAGAAGAAAAUCUUGAAGGUUUAUACUUGUAA